GGCGUGGCCAGAGCUCCAGCAAGUUAUAAGUCGGCUUCCCUCCGCUACAUCCUCAAACGGUCCUGCUCCCACAGCCUCUCUCGAGCCGCACGCCCGCACGCCCGCCCGCCACCGACCCAGCCUCUGCGACGCUCUCUGCGACCGCGCCAGGCCCUUCGUGCUCGCAGGAGGCGCGAGCGGGAGCCAGAACGCCGCUGUCCGUGCUCGUGCUCGGCUCAGACCCCACUAACAGAGACACAGGGACAGAGGAAGGCCCGUCUUCUCUCUCGCUCUGCUCUCGCGCCCUUCGCCCUCCCUUCUCUCUGGACACGCGAGGUGAAGUCGCCAUGGCCGGUCCUGCUCUCUGUUAGUGCCAGGCCCUGGUGUUUGAGCGGCGGCGGGAUAUAUAUUUAAUAUCUACAAAAACAAAACAAAACAAAACAAAACAAAAACACAACAAAAAAAACCAAAGAACGGCAACAAAGCUUUCCGGCAAAACUUGUGACUGUGGUCGUGGUAAUCCAAAGAUGGGGCUGAGCGUGAUGUUGACCCUGUGCCUGGUGCCCCUGGCGCUGCUGGCGUCGCUGCCCCCUGCCCUCGCGUCCCCCCUGGUGGCGGGCAACGUGGCCACCAACGAACUCAUUGACUCCCCCCCGCAGGAAGAGACCGACCUCGCCUACUGCCGAAGCGGCUCCGUAUGCGGGUAUCUUCAGGUCAACGUGUACGGGGUUAACGCCAAGCAAUUCUGCCGUUGUCCGAGCAUAGCUGGGGCAUGCGGCCUGCACUGGGACCCUCAGGAUGGCCGCUCCGUCACCAUGGGCUCGGAGCAAUUCAAGUUCUGUGGACCCCCGCCGCCCCUACACGUCUGCGGGCGGGACGAACCAGCCUACUCCGCCGCCUUCAUCUUCGACAGCGCCACUUUUUCGAUGUCGGGAGAGCAACACCGCCUACACUGCUACUGCCCGCCGCCCAUGACCCACGUUCGCGCUGAUAUGGUGGAGGAUGUCGUCGACGGGGAACUCAUCAUGGCGACCGUGCAUGCCUGUUCAAGGCUCCCGGCGUGCACGGAGGAGACACCGUGCAAGGAGGUGACCAUCGCCUCUGGCACGGCCCUUGUCUACCCCAAGUGCCGGUGCCCCAGAGAAUUCUCGUGCCCGACCCUUGGCACCUCCGUCACCCCGCACACCAACAACUACCCCGGGGGCUCCGCAUACUCCGUGUUCUGCCAGCGACGCUUCUAAUCACGUCCCUCGGCUGAUCUGGGUUUUUUCCGUCGACUCUCCGGCCUCUUUGCGGAUCCCAGGUCGGCGCUCGCUGUCGACUCCGUUCUCCUUUCGUUUUUUGGUGGAAGGUCGUCUGGCAUUCUUUAGUCGACUGUGACGUGUUUGUCUGUUUAAUGAUUGGUUUGUUUGUUUAUUUGGCCGUCUGUUUACUUACUUAUUUAUUCUCCCCGUAAUUGUCCACUUUUGCACAAUUUCUUCGUUUCCUUUCUAUCUUCUUUUCUUUAUUUAUUUAUCGGCUCGGCUCCGUUUCAGUUCCCUUUCCUCAUUCUCUCAUUUCCCCUUUUUUCACGGGUUUUAUUCAAUUAUCCUUCACCUCCUUUCUUCUUCUUUUUCUAUUUACUCAUCCAAUUACUCAUUUUUUCUUUCUUUCUUUUCUUUUUUUUACCUUCUUCAUUUACCGUUCUCCCUCUUCCCGCAACUUCCCUGCCUCCCUUUGGCUGCAGCGGGGUGGCGGCGGCCCUGUGAGUGCGUCCCUUCCGUCCGCGGAGCCACAGCGUCAGUGUCUGUUCCCUGGCGAUCAGCACUUACCCUCGAGCAGCACUUACCCUCGAGCGUGGUUUGGGGGCGUAGAGAGAUGGUAUCGUUUACAUUGCUUGUGUUUUCUUUUUUUUUUUUAGUUCGCGUAGUUGUUUAUUUGUUUGUUUUUGUUUAAUUGAGUUUUUUGGGGGGAUUUAAAAGAUGUUGGGCCUGGUUUGUGGGCGGUUGAUAUUUCUGCAGGAGGUUCCAUGUGUCACGAGAGAGGAAAGAAAAGAGAGAGAGAAAAAAAAAA